GUAUUUUCGUGGGUGGGGUAUUUUCGUGGUUUCACCGUUUUACGGUAUAAAUAAGUUUUGUGCGCACGCGUGGUUCCGGUCACGUGAUUUUUUGGAUGUCUGCAUUAUAAUGUAAACACUGACGAUUUUUUUUCUAAAAUGGAAGUUAGAAAGGUAAGUAAAAAAAAACUUGAAUGUACAUACGAAGAUUUCUACCUGUUUUUCUUAAUCCCAAAGUUUGACAAUUUUCUAAUCUGUUUUUAAAAUACAUCAGAGCCCUAAAAUUUUUUGACAGUUCGGCUGCAUUCUGGCUAUUCUCCCAACCAAAGGUCACGUGACUUUCAUUGAUAAAAAAAGUGGUCUCACAUAGUAAAAUUUUUUGUCCAAAGUAAUGAUGGUAGCAUAUGACAAAAACUUAGUUUGGUAAGUAAAUUUAUUUACAUAUCUUUUCUGUUUUCUUUUCUUUUCAGAGGGUACCUGCUGUUCGUGGUCCCUACAGGUCCUAUGAUGUCCAGGACGUGAAUGAGGCAUAUAAGGCUGUUAUUGAAGAAGGUCUGCCAAUUGAUAGAGCAGCUAGAAAAUAUUCAGUGCCUGCUUCAACCCUCAGAGACCGUGUCAAAGGCAAGGUAGACAUUGACACUGUACGAUCAGGUCCAAGGUCAGUGUUCUCGCAAGAGCAUGAGGCAAUUCUAGUCCGACAUUUGACUAUUAUGGGUGAAGUAGGCUUUGGUUAUUCAAGACAAGAGACAAUUAACCUGGCCUCUGAUUAUGCAUUUCAUCUUGGUGUCAGAGACAAAGUCCAUCCUCUAGGUUAUGACUGGUUUUAUGCUUUUAUGUCCAGAUGGCCAGAGCUCAAAGUUGUUAAACCUAGAAGUCUGGAGGCUGCUAGGGCUAAGUGUGCCACUGAAAAUGUAAUCAAUAAGUACUUUCAGGAACUUGAAAAUAUCUUACUGAAGUAUAGUCUAACCAACAAACCACACUGCAUCUUCAAUAUAGAUGAAAAGGGUUUAUCAGUUGAGCACAAGCCACCAAAGAUAGUUGCUGGUAAGAACUACAAAGUUCAAGCAGUUACAUCGGGAAAAGCCCAGAAUGUUACCUUAAUUGGCUGUGUGAAUGCUCUAGGUCAACAGAUCCCUCCAUAUUUCAUAUUUCCAGGGAAACGGAUGUUAGAAUCUCUACUUGAUGGAGCUUCACCUGGUGCUACUGGUACAGUAACAGAAUCUGGAUGGUCUAAUUCAGAGACUUUUGAAGAGUAUAUGAAGGAGCACUUACUAAAGUAUUUACCAGCUCGUGACUCUGACAACUUUGUUCUCGUACUUUAUGAUGGACACAAAAGUCAUGUUACCAUUCCUUUAAUUGAAUGGGCCAUUGAAAAUCAUAUUGUGUUGUUUGUUUUGCCCCCUCACUGCAGCCACAUUUUACAGCCCCUUGAUAUAAGCUGCUUUGGUCCUUUGGAAAAGGCAUGGAACUCUGCAUGUCAUACUCAUCUAAGAGAGUCUGGUGGUAGGGUGCUAACAAGGUACGAUGUUUGCAGAAUUGCCUGCAAAGUUUACUUGUCUACCUUAAAUCCAUCAAAUAUCCAGGUUGCAUUUAAGAAAUCUGGGGUCUUUCCUUUCAACCCCAAUGUCAUUGCACCAGAGUCAACUGCAUCUUCUACUGCUUUUGCUCAUCCAGCAGCUUGUGAACCAGAUAUUUCUUCUGAACACUCAUUGUCAGCAGAAACAUUCCUAGAAAAUAGAGGUGGGCAGAUUUUAAAAAAUGUUAAAACUGCUAAAGCAAGAAAAACUCUUGGAAAAGUUGUUGGUGGGAAAGCCAUUACAGAGCCAGAAGUAUUCAAUGCUGUAAAAGAACAUGUUCAAAGCCAAAAAAGACAAGCCAAACCUUCUAUAAAAACUGUUAAAGCUAAAAAAGCAAAAUCAAAAGUAAAUAUUAACUUACCAAAGUCACCUGUCCCUGGUCCUUCUUGUCUUAAUAGAUGUGAGGAUCUGUCAGAUUCUGAUGAAAGUGAUUCUAGUGACAUCCCAGAUUCUGACAAGUGCAUUGUUUGUCAUGAGUUCUACCCACAAGACAGGAAUAAGUACCCUUAUCUCACCAUUGUGAAGUGGGGGAGAUGUGAUAAAUGUGAUGGAUGGGUGCACUUGACAUUCUGCUCAGAAGUUAGAGUUUUAAGACUUGGGGACACUUUCCUAUGUCCCAAUUGUCAAAAAUAACUAUGUGAGACCUCCAAGUGUAAAUAGUUAACAGUUCCUGUUACCGCCGUUUUUGUUUAUUAACUUUUCUGACAUUUUAAACGUGUUGAAAACAAUGAUAAUUGUUUGAAGAAGGAUUUAAUGUUAAAAUAUAUGGAUUUUAUUCUGUUUAUACUGUUUAAUCAGCAACAUAAUAUGACCCACGAAAAUACCCCUCGUAGCAAAAUGCUAGCUCUGCUUGACUACCGGAAGGUAUGUACAUCGUAUUUUUAUAUUGAAAGUAGGUCAUGUGUUAAAAAUUAUUCUAUUAUGUAGGUAAAUGAUUGGUUUAUUUAAACUUUAUUGCUUUUUAUUAAUUCUCUGAAAAAUAUCCGUUACGUCAGCGAUAUUGUCCUUAUACCCACGAAAAUACCCGACGCG